GUCCGUCAUGCAUGUGGCAACUCUGUAAACCAAGAAUGUAAAUUAUAAUCGAGUUGAAUUGGUUGAACUGCAGCAAAGACGCCAGGCAAAAAUCGAGAUUUGCUGAACACCAGAAAGACAUUGCCAUGGAGGCCAAGACCGACGCACCCAUUUCCCCGGCGCCCACACCAAAUCCGCCGGCAGAAACUGGCAAGGAGCCAAAUGCAAGCAGCAACGCGCAGGCCAACCCGUCCGCUCCGCCGGGAGCGCCUGCAUCCGGAGCCACUGCCGUUGGUCAGUCCGCGAAUCCAGUGGCCCAGCAAGUGCAGCAACCGGCGGUGGCCAAGAAGCCCAGUAGCGAGACAAACAACAUGCCCACGCGACAGUACCUCGACCAGACGGUGGCGCCGGUUCUGCUGCACGGAAUGCAGGCACUCGCUCGCGAACGGCCCACGGAUCCCAUCCAGUUCCUGGCAUCGUACCUGCUGAAGCAUAGCAACGGGUGCGACGAGAACAACGCCGCCGCUGUGGACAACAACUCCUAAACCCCUAAAACCUCUACCUCCCAUUUUUCCCCUCCUUAUUUGUAUAAGUGAACAGUGAAUAAAUAAACGUUUAAAGUUAGAAUGUAAUCGCAAAA